AUGCCUCUAAAUGAUAACGACCAGCAUUCUGAGGAUCCCUCUCUGGCGGACAAUGCGUGGAGCGAAUGGAUAUGGUCUCCAGAGCAUGGCAGGUACUACUGCUACCGUUCGCUUGAAGGAGUCGUGGAAUAUCAAUGGGACUCCAUGACAGAAGACGAAGUUCGCACUCCAUUGGAUCAGGCUGAGAAAGCCGAAGAGAGCGUUCACCAGAAGCCUAUACUUAGCCGCUCAUCCCAGGGAAGUGGAUCCAUUGAGGAGGCUCCUGUGUCGAGUGAAAAAGACUCUCUGGAGACUGAGCGCGAACGCGAAGCAAGUUCUAUAAAUUCCCCGAACCAUUGGUCUGAAAUUCCUGGUUUGCCUGCGUCAACACGUGCGACUAUCGGUGGCGUUCUAGACGGUAACGAUAGCAAUGAUAAGAGGCCCCAAGUAUCUUAUGUAGACGCAGUGCGUCCCGAAGUUGAUACCCUCUGGUUUUCAGAAGUAGACCCAAGUUACCGCGUCCAGCCAUCAAACACGUUCCAACCUGGGACGAGUUAUACGAAUAUGAUCGUUUUCGUCCGCAGUCACAUGCCCUAA